AUGACUGAACAACAACAACCACAAGCACCAGCAGAACCACUAGCACCAGCACCAGAAGGAGCAGAACCACUAUCGAAAUCAGCACUCAAGAAACUAGAGAAAGAGAAGGAGAAAGCCAAGAAGAAGCAAGAGAGAGAAGCCAAGGAAGCUGAAGAAAGGGCGAACAGGGAAGCCAAUCAACCCGACCAUGCUAUCCAAAACUAUGGUCAACUACCACUGAACAUGAGUCAAGAACGAAACUAUCUUAAUUGGGUCAAGAUUGGUUCUCUUCAAUCGGAUCAUGUCGGAGAACGAGUUAGGAUUCAAGCACGAGUCCAUAACUCACGAUCACAGAGUGCCAAGUUAUCAUUCCUAGUCUUACGCCAACAAACCUCGACGAUCCAAGCGAUCCUGGGGGCGACUGAGACGAGUGUCUCGAAACAGAUGAUCAAAUGGGCCAUCGGGAUCCCACUAGAGUCGAUCGUCAUCGUCGAAGGCGUCAUCCAGAAACCGAUCGAAGAUAUCAAGACCUGUUCGGUCUCCAAACUCGAGAUCAAAUUGGAUAAGAUCUUCCUCUUGGCCCAGGCCCCCGCUAAAUUACCCUUCUUGCUCGAAGACGCUAGUCGGCCUGUCGACGUCCUCCCUAAGGAAGGUGAACAGUUUGUGACAGUUGGAACAGAUACUCGAUUAGACAAUCGAGUCCUAGAUUUGCGAACGCCAGUGAACCAAGCGAUCUUCCGAGUGCAAUCACGAGUCUGUAACCUCUUCAGGACGUUCCUCGAUUCCGAAGAUUUUAUCGAGAUCCACACGCCAAAGAUCCAGGGUGCGGCGACGGAGUCCGGGGCGAGCGUGUUCAAACUCGGCUACUUCGAACAAACCGCCUUCCUGGCCCAGUCGCCUCAACUGGCCAAACAGAUGGCGAUCGCCGCUGAUUUCGAACGGGUGUAUGAGAUCGGGCCUGUGUUCAGAGCCGAGAACUCAAACACCUAUCGACACAUGACUGAGUUCAUCGGCCUCGACCUCGAGAUGGCCAUCAAGGAACACUACCAUGAAGCCGUAGACCUGCUCGACAGACUGUUCAUCUCGAUCUUCAAAGGCCUCCAAGCCUCCUCUGCCCCCGAGAUCCAGACUAUCAAAUCUCAACAUCCCGUCGACGACUUCAUCUUCCUCGAGAAGACUCUCAGAUUACAACAUAGUCAGGCCAUCCAAAUCCUCAUCGAUCAUGGGAUCGAUAUCCAAAUCGGUCAGGAUAUGGGCACCGAACAGGAACGCAUCCUUGGGAAACUUAUUAAGGAGAAAUACCAAACCGAUUAUUAUAUAAUUGAUAAGUUUCCAUUAGCGAUUCGACCAUUCUACACGAUGCCAGAUCCGGUUGAUCCAACGUCGAGUAACAGUUACGAUUUCUUCAUGAGAGGAGAAGAGAUCAUCUCAGGCGCCCAACGGAUCCACGCCCCAGAGCUGCUGAUCGAACGAAUGAAAGAAGCGAAGAUCGAUCCGAAGGAGAUGAAGGGAUAUCUGGACGGCUUCAAGCUAGGUUGUCCUGCCCAUGCCGGCGGCGGGAUCGGCCUCGAACGAGUGGUCAUGCUCUUCUUCGGCCUCGGCAACAUCCGCAAGGCGUGCUUGUUCCCCAGAGAUCCUAGACGUCUUCAUCCUUGA